AUUGGAUAUUCACUGAACAACCCACCUCCCCUCUUCUUUCAAUAUUCAAGAACUUGUGUCAAUUAUGCCUUUUGCUUCAUAAAAAAAAAAAAAAAAACUAUUUUUCUUCUUUUUAAAGUGUUAUUUUGACAGCUGGUGAUGGUAAACAGGCAGAAAGAAAUCAAGAAUGGAACCAUCUUCCAAAAUAUAUGGAGAUCAUAGAACGGAAGAAUGUCAGAGCAGUGAAUCUGGGUGGACAAUGUACAUUGGUUCUUCCAUGGAUGAUGAUGAUGAUGGUGGUGGUGGUGGUGGUUAUGGUGGUUAUGGUGGUGGUGGUGGUGGAGUGUGUGAUCAUAACAGUGGUGGUAGGAAGAAGAAAGGUGUUGUUAAAGAUGAAGAUGAAGAUACUGAUGAUUCAAUGACUUCUGAUGCUUCUUCAGGCCCAAGUUAUCUGCACCUGCAACAGGCCCAACAGGCCCAACAAGAAAACCAAAAGGGUGUAACCAAGAAGAACAAGAAAGCAGCAGCAAGGAAGAAGAAAGUUGGAGGGGGUGAAGAAUCAAGAAAGAAAGAUGAGGAGAGCUUGGUGAAUGAAAAGAGAGGUGUGGUUACUACUGUUCAAAGUGGUAAUAGGGCUUGGUUUUUGAGUAAAAGAAAGUGAUAAUGAAAAAAGGUGGUGGCUGGCGGUGGCGGUGACGGUGACGGCGGUGGUGGUAAACACUAACCACUGGCAGGUAGCAACUAGCUAAAGCUUUUGAUUAAUACUAGGAAUCAUACUGUUAUUUUUUGUGUGUAUGGUUUCUGUAAAUCUUAUGAAAUAUCCAUCAUAUGUUAAAUCCU